AUGAGCGGUAAAGCAGAGCCAGCGGAUGACGUGCCAACUCCUGAACAGGCGACACCUGAGGCCGUCACCUCUAGUACCCCGGUGCCAUCGGCAGGUGCCCCUGAGCGAUCCAGCUCAAGCAGCAGCGAAGCAUCAGACCCAUGCGAUGAUGAUGGUGGUGAGGAGGAGGACGAUGAUGACGACGACGAUGGGCGGUCGACUCCCAAGCCGGACGACAGCACAGUACACGGGUUGUGUGAUCGAGUCCUCCAGGAGGCGUUCGGCAUUCAGGUCAAAGACCUCGCGUCCAUUGAAGCAGUGUCGGCGGCGUAUGAGUCGGUCAGCUACUGUCUGGACGAGCUCUCUCGAAUUGUACUUAACAGUGGCGUCCGCAACGCUGGUAUUGGGACAUUCCAGGCGGCCCGCGGCGGAGCGGGGUCUGCCACCACUCCGAUCCGGCUUGCGGGUGGCGACGCGAACCACGGGGGAGCCGGUGGGGGAAGUAGCGGAGCGAGCGGGAACAGGGGAAGCGGUCGGAAGCGCUUCAACGAUGCCCGCGACGGUGCUGGCCCUAGUGGUGGUUCUGGAGGCGACACCCCCGACGGCGGCAAGCGCCUGAAGGUCUCGCCGCAACGCCCGUCCGACAAGCAGUCGGACUCAGUGCGGUACAGCUGCCCGUUCCGGAAGCGCAACCCUGUGAGGUUCAAUGUCCGGGAUUUCCAGAACUGUGCCGUUCAGGGAUUUCCGGAUAUCCCUCAGCUUAAACGGGACAUGGGGUCGAGAACGGCGCUAGAAGAGCAUUUGGCUGUGGACAAGGCUCAGAUCUGCAACCCCCAGCAAGCGGCUUCGAGUGCAGAUCCGGAAGAUGGCAUCACUAACUCGAUCGAAGACACGCUGAACGACCGUAAGGCAGUGAAUAAGAUCGACUGCUGGGAGGGUCUCUGGCAUCUUCUCUUCCCGCAGGAUCCGCAGGCACGCACGCCCGACUUCAUACCGCCGACGGAGCUGGAUGAGGUAUACGCGCAGCUCAACAGCGAGAACUGCGUCGGCCAGCUGCGGCAACGCAUCCAAGACGGAAUAGGGUCGGACAGCGACGUCGACCUCGUGUUUGACAUCUUCCAGCAACACAUCCACUCCGUCUUUGAGGAGUGCCGGCUGAAGACAGGCGGUGCCGCGGGAGGCCGCCGACGAAUUGUUCGUCCCCAGACACCGCGCGAGUUGCCCAGCCGACAGAGCUCGACGCGGCUCACUCCUGCGCAGCAUCGGCGCCAAGGCUCGGGAUUCUCCGACAGCAACAUUUCCUCGCCAUACGUUGCCACUCCUCAGAGUGCCAGCAUACUGGGAAAUUCGGAGCUGCUCUUGACGGCCGAGCCGCAGACGCACAUGCCGUAUAUGCCAUCGAUCAGUAGCUACGCCAGCUCCACGACAGCCGGUGUUGGUGGUUUGGUGACAACGUCCCUUCUCCCUCCUUGGGUCCCUCCCACCAGCAAGGGGGGCCAACCUGUCACAAUGCCGCCGCCGCCGCCGCACUUCCCCAUGGGGUUCAACAACCAGAUGGAUACACUGAAGCGCCAGCUGGCACAUGCUACCGGGCCAGCACCAGUCAAUCCCGGGGUGGAUCUCACCAGUUCCGUGCUCUCGGAUCAGGCAGCGGGCGACUUCUCGCCCCAUGUUCCCCAGGCCGCUGCGUUCGGGUCGUACAAUGGCUGGGAUACAAUGCCCGGUUUCGGGCAGCAGCAGCGGUUGCCGGAUCUGCACCUGCAGGUCCCGUCUGCAUCAGGGAUGCAGGCGGUGCAGGGCCAGGGGAUCUCACCCACGGAUGCAGUCAUGGUUCCGUCGAUUGAGUUCACUGGCUAUGACGGGUCCGUCACAGACAAUGAUGGAUAUGAGGUUGUCCGCCACCAAAAUGAAUGGGCAUAA